CCGGAUUCUCCCGGAACGCACGCGUUCUGUGCCCGUUGUUUUCCAAUGUUGUAGACAAACAAGAUGAUUGCAGCAUGGGUCCUAUGGGUCCUAGCGUUAGCGCUGACGGGCACGUCCGCAGCGGAGCGCGGCGGAUCGCUCCGCGGCGCACUCGAGGCUUUGCAGCGGCGACAGCGGGGGAGGGGGCCUCCCAUGGCUCCGGACUAUGAUCUGUAUGAGAUUAUACCUCCGAUGGGAUACAUCCCAGAUAACGAUUAUACUAUGGAUCCCGAAGAUUUAGAAGAAGAUCCGGCCACAAACUACAUUCUGAAGCUUCUAGAAGAGAAUGACAGACCCGUCGAAGGUUAUGAGUACAAACUAGUUAAGAAAAAGAGCAGCCACUUAGGCCCAGUGGAGGUGAACAGAAAGGAGUCAGCUUUCCGAGAGAGGAGCCAUCAUUCUGACAAUGAUAGACUUAGGGAUCUGUUUACUGAUAGGAAUGAGGCUGAAAAUUCUAAAGAAGUACAGCAAGACCGUGCCGAAAAUGAUGCUGAAUACGCCUUGCUGCUAGGCCAAUUAUGGUCAAAGUACAAAAACAACAAACAUAACACAGAAGGGGCUCCACAAGGAGUAGUCAAGCUUUACAAAGAAAAGAUCGUUAAGAAACGAUACCCUGACAACUGGGGCCCUAUUGCGUUUAAGAAAAAGAGAAGUCCUGAUGCUGAAAACGAACACGCUCCAAUGACAAAUUUUGAUGACUCAAAAGUUUUACCAGGCCCUGUAGACCUCAAUAAUUUUAACUACGACCAGCCUGAUGAUGAAAAUGAGGACUUGCGUGAAGAAUACGCAAUCGCUUUUCAACCUUUAGAUGACGACAGUCUAUCGGAUUUGGCGGAUGACGACCAAUAUCGAUACGAUGUCAUCGAGAAACGUUUUCCCGUGACCAAGCGCAGCAGUGGACCUUACGACUGGGGUAAACCAAAAACGAAGAAACGUUUUGCCCAAGAUCAGAAUAAGCGUGAAGUUUCAAAAAGGUUCAGAAGCAGUUCUGGUACUGAUCCGAAAAUUCUUAAAGAUUUAUCGAAAUUAUUUGGUGAUUCCGAACCUGAGCUUAUUAAGAACCCUGUUAAGAGAAGCAGUGAUCAGCAAGGAAACUCAUAUGAUGCCAAACCGCCACUUGCAUCGAUAACUCAUAACCAUACUAACGAACGAUCGAAUGUUUCUUCUUCACCCGAUGACAGUAGUCAUGAACAUCAUCAUAAUUUACACCAUCCUGGUAUAUCUGGCAAGGAAGUAGAGCAUGUGCACGAUCACGAUCAUAGUGACAAUGAAAAACCUAUUACCAUUAAAAAGAAAUCCAUUGACUGGUCCACCUACUUCGGGAUCGAUAAGCGUAAGAAGAAAUCUGUAUCUUUUAAUGAUUUUAAUGAAAAUAAGCUGAGAAAACAAUACUUCGACACAUUCAAUAAAGAGGUAAUUUACCCGUUAAAUUCCUUUCGAAAACACAGCAAUGUGAAAAGGAACUACGUACAGCGUCCUGAAAAUGAAGAAACAGAAAUACAGAUAGACAACGCAAGAGCUGUCGCAGUACGUGACGGUGACAAGAGGAACACCGCCCAAGAGCAGGAAACUAAGUUAGACAACAUCGAAAAAAAACUGAGGAAUAUGGAAGGAAUGAUAGUAGAUGAAGCACUACAAUAUUCCAACGCUGGUGAAGAACUCGACUCCAAAGAAGAACAGGAGAUGAAAGAAAAACUGCUAUCUCGAUUGGCAGCAGCGUACAGCUUGGAGAAGAUGAGAAAGGCGUUGAGAGAGUUCAAGCAAAGCUUGCAAACACAGAAGCCUGAUACUGCUAUGGGACCCUCAUCGAUGCCCGUUGAAGAGGCGAAAGAGAAGCGUGUAGCCGUCAAGAAAGAGAAAGUUGAUAUCAAUAAUAACGAGAUUCCUCUGUUCAACAAAGGAGAUGAUAAAGAGGAUGACUUUGGGCAGGAGAUUGGCGCAGGUCACUAUUUAAAUGGAAAGAUUGAGAAUCAGUUCUCUGAAGGCUACAUGGGUGGAAGUGGAAGGCAUCGCACACCGGUUGUUGCCACAGGUCCCGCCACAGGCGCCUGCCCAGUUUUGGCCAAGAUCGUGCAGCGGUGCCGCGGAGUCGACCUGCUAGCCGGAGACCGUGGGCAACUGUUCCUGCCUCUCUGCAGCUUGCAUCAGAUCUGCUACCUUUGUGGCGAAGCACCUCCAACAACCUGCGACCUAGUAUUCCUCUCGGAAGCCGACACGACCUGUGAAGGCGACACCGGCUGCCAGCGCGCCGCCCGCUCCGCGCUCAUGGCGCUCCGGGAACUCCACGACAGCCUGGCCGACGAACUCGACGGGGAAUGCGAGGCCAGCCCCUGCCUCCCGGCCACACUCAAACUCAACAUCGGCUGGCAACGCGCCUUACAGCGAGAAAAAACCGUGAACAAGAAAACCGCUAAGACCGAAAUCGAUCAAGAAACAAAAAUGAAUGGAGUACAUGAAACUGAUUUAAAUGAUAAGGGAUUUGACAAUCCGGCGGCGACUGAAGAUGAUGGUUCAAAUUUGAGACCGGAUUUGGUAAUCAGUGUACAACCACGACAAAACGUGUCCCGCGCCGAGCUGCCUGUGUCAACGUUAGAUUGGCGCUCCGCCCCUCGAGGCCAGUUUAUACCAGUACAUGGACUGGAUUUCCUCAUCGGUGUGUCUACGCUACAGAUCCAACAAACGGUGGAGCUAGAUGAUUUAAUUUCAAGAGUAGACUCAGAAAACCGCUACAUAGUUCGCGUCCCAAACGGCGAGUCGCUAUACCUGGCCAGCGAGGUGUCGAGCCAAACCCAGCGAUGCCUGUGCGGCUCCGGGCGGGCGUUCGUGAUGCAUCUCCAUGACAACACGCGGCAGGAGGCGAUGCAGAUGCAGAGGCGGCUAGCUGCUGCGUCCUGCUGCUUCCCUUGUCGAUUGCAGUUUGCCCCUCGUAUCUGUCUCCAGGAAAUGAAAGUGAUAACUCCUCCGGGAGACUACAUCGGUCGUGUCCAGCAGCAAUGCACCUGGGUGGUCCCGUUCUACCUGGUCAGGGACGCGAAUGACCAGGUCAUAUUCGCGGUUGAAGGACCGGCUGUCAUGAAGCGGAGUGCCCUCAUGCUUUCAGAGUUCAAGAUAAUGACAGGCGACGCGCUCCGAGAAGUGGGAAAAUUGCCCAUGGCUGGGAUCGCGAGCUGGUCAGCUUCACAACUACUCUCUCUAUCCCGCACAACGCAGUACAACCUCGGCAUAAGGCGCUACUCCUGGCAGCUUCGUUCCUACUGGAGUACACAUAUUUUGAAAGAGCAAAAUCGAGUUGUCUUCGGUGUAAUUGUUUAUAACAGAUUUUUGGACUACUCGGUGUUAUAUUUGUUAUGUUUUUAUACUCUUUAUAAAUACAAUAUUGGAAGUUGUAUUUUGUUUGAUUUUUAUUACAUACCAGGAAUGAUAUUCUUGCGUUGA